CAAUCAGCUGACUGUCAAAAUUUGCAAACCGCAUCCGUCGGCUUGUAAACAAAGGAAUUGAUUUUGGAAAAUCUUGUGAAAAUCGGGAAAAAAUGGCUUAUGAGUUUAUCGAGUACAACCCGAAGAGUGAGGAAAAUGAGAUGUAUCGAAGGAAAUUGAAGGGAAUCAAGAGAAAGAUCAAGGAAAUGGUCUAUGAGAAUGCCGCUCUCUGUGACCAGGUUGCUCAGUUGCAGGAUAACAUCGUGCUGGUGAAAGAGGAGCGACGCUUUCUGCUGAAGAAACUCAUGGAAUUUGAACCUCCCGAUCCGGAGAUGUUCAAGAACUCGAGUCAGGACUAUAUAAAGAGGCAGUCUAAGAAGAAGGUGAAUCUUGAGGGCAGUGCUCCUAAGGUAAAGGGCACCGGGAAGCCAGGGAGGCCGAGUCUGAAAAGCAAGCAGCUGGCGCAGCAGCAAGUCAAGACGUCAACGCAGCCCCAAAUGGUGGAGAUAACAAUUGAUGCCAAUGGGCACCCCACACAAUAUCCUUUCAGCGUGGGACAUCUGACCAUCUCAUCCUUGGGUGAAAUUGUUUACGACCGCCCAGGCUUCCACAGUGAGCAGUGGAUUUACCCUGUGGGCUACACAGCGCUGAGAAUCUACGGAAGCGUGAGAGAUCCUCGCCGCAAGACUGUCUACACUUGCAAAAUCCUAGAUGGAGGCGCCAAUCCGCUCUUCGAGAUCACCAUAGAGUCCGACCCGGACAUUGUGAUUUCCAGCACGUCCCCAGACGCCUGCCACGCAAUUCUCCUGCAGUAUCUGAGCAAUACUAACGAUCUCCGGAAUAUGGCAAUGCGUCCCCAAGGCGACUGGUUCUUCGGGCUCGCCCAUCCCACCAUCAUGACACUCAUCCAGAACUUUCCCAGCGCCAAGAAGUGCUCCCGCUUCCGCGGCUUUGAAAUGGUGGGCGGUGCGACAUACGCCCUGGACAAGGACAACGAUCCAGCGUUGAACUUCGAGGCUCUGCAGCGGUUCAUCGCCAUCUCGGCCUACCACACGGUGCCGGAGAUCAAAGAGGAGCCACCAGACGAACUGUUCUAGUCGUCUGCGUGAAAAAUGACUGGUGACUGGGCGAAGGGAGGCCCGUUAGGAAGUGGAUCAUAAGGUAAAUUGCCGAAAUUGUUCUCACAUGAAAUACAAUUAGGUGAUAAUCGAGCAUUUGCCAAGUGGAUGCCGUUAAAACAGCACCAUUGGACUCACGCUUUACUUUAUGAUGAAAUGAGCCACGGAAUAAACGUAUCAAUAAGCA